AAGAAGUAUAAGUUGCGGAAGUGUGCCGAAGAUAUAACCUUCCCCAUAUAGUAAUAGUAAAAUAAAAAGUGAGAAUGAGUGGCAUAUAUUGAUGCGAUGCGAGUGAUAACGAAAUUGAAAUACAAACAAAAAAAAAAUCAACAAAAAGAGAGAGAGAACAUGUCAUCGUUAAAACCAAUCACUUUUCUGCUCAAACUGAACAAUCAUGUCUCUCUGUAGCUUUUCAUCUCUCGCCACAACAACAUUUCCCAAUUUCCGUCGAUUCAAACUCUCCGCCGUCAUGGCUUCCACCGUAACUACCACUAAAGUUCACCCAGCCGUCAUUGUCGGUGGUGGAAGAGUUGGAAAAGCUUUACAAGGUAUGGGAGAUGGUCAAGAUGUUCUUGUUCGACGUGGUGAUUCUAUUCCUCUUGAUUUUGAUGGUCCUAUUCUUGUUUGUACUAGAAAUGAUGAUCUUGAUUCUGUUCUUCAAACUACUCCUCUUUCCAGAUGGAACGAUUUGGUGUUUUUCCAGAAUGGAAUGUUGGAACCAUGGCUUGAGAGUAAAGGUUUGAAAGAUGGGAACCAAGUGUUGGCAUAUUUUGCAGUGUCAAAACUUGGAGAGUCCCCUAUUGAUGGUAAGACAGAUACCAAUCCUGAAGGAUUGACAGCUGCUUAUGGCAAGUGGUCCUUGGCUGUUGCUGAAAGAUUGCAAGCUGGAGGCCUCUCUUGCAAGGUUCUGGACAAGGAAGCAUUUGAAAGGCAGAUGUUAGAGAAGCUCAUAUGGAUUUGUUCUGUCAUGCUUGUUGGAGCACGUCAUGGAGGGAUUCCAGUUGGUGUUGUGGAAAAGGAAUUCCGCUCUGAAUUAUGUAGCUUGAUAGCAGAGCUAGCAUCAGCAGCAGCAAGUGAAAAGGGGGUAACAUUUGAAGAAGCUAUGGAAGAACGAUUGUGUGCAUAUUCCCGAGCUGUUGCUCAUUUUCCCACAGCAGUUAAGGAGUUCAAAUGGAGGAAUGGUUGGUUUUAUUCUCUUUUUGAGAAGGCUACUGCCCAAGGCAAGCCUGACCCUUGUCCUCUACACACCCAAUGGCUCAAAGAGUUGAAAAUUGUAUAAGAAUUGAAGUUGAACUCUCAUGUGUCACUAGGUAGGUUACCAGCUUCUCAUAGCUAUGUGUAGGCUUGUGAAGAGUAAUUAGUUACUUACAGGCUUGUAGAAUUUAUCCAGAUAUAGAUAAUGAUGUCCAUUUUCAUCAUAUUGCUUCAAAACAUUGUACCUGUUACUUGAAAGAUAAAUAAAAUAAGAUUUGUAUUUUUCCAGAA